ACAGAGUUGGGCUUUCUCUCCGAGAGCUUCCUCCUCAGCUGGACUUCCCUCCCUGGAGAGCCUGAGCGUGGAACCUUGACCCCAAGCCUCUCCAGGUGCCCAGCGGCAGCUUCUCUUGCUUCUCUCGUUUCUCGGCUCCCUCUUAGGCCGAGGGGAUGGGGUCCAUGGGGCUCCAGGUAGUGGGCAUUGCCCUGGCCGUGCUGGGCUGGCUGGCUUCCAUGCUGUCCUGCGCGCUGCCCAUGUGGCGGGUGACGGCCUUCAUCGGCAGCAACAUCGUGACGGCGCAGACCAUCUGGGAGGGCCUGUGGAUGAACUGCGUGGUGCAGAGCACGGGCCAGAUGCAGUGCAAGGUGUACGACUCGCUGCUGGCGCUGCCCCAGGACCUGCAGGCAGCCAGGGCCCUAGUGGUCAUCUGCAUCAUUGUGGCAGCACUCGGAGUUCUCCUGGCCCUGGUGGGUGGCAAGUGUACCAACUGUGUGGAGGACGAGACCUCCAAGGCCAAGACCAUGAUCGUGGCUGGCGUCGUCUUCAUCCUGGCGGGCAUCCUGAUCAUCAUCCCUACCUCCUGGACGGCUCACAACGUUAUCCGGGACUUCUACAACCCCUUGGUGGCCUCUGGACAGAAGAGGGAGAUGGGCGCCUCCCUGUACAUCGGCUGGGCUGCCUCAGGCCUGCUCCUGCUCGGAGGGGCCCUACUCUGCUGCAACUGCCCACCCCGGAGUGAGAAGCCCUACUCAGCUAAGUACACCGCUGCCCGUUCUGCCCCCACCAGCAACUACGUGUAGGGCGCAUCCUCGGGAGGAUCUUGGACAGAAGGGGAAGUGGGGCAGUGAGGCUUGCUGUGGCUGUCCUUCACCCCAUCACCUUACCUGUACCCUAGCUGGAUGCACCCUUUUUUCUUCCGUUUUCCCUGACUAUUUGGGUCCCUGUGCUUGGCAGAGAUUGGACUCUCCCCUGGACAGAAAGCCUGGCCCAAGCCCCAUACAUCUCCCUAUGCCUGGAGUCUGGGUAGGUGGGAGGGUAAGGGUGGGUCGGUGCCUUUUGGAGUCAGCAGAGCAAACAAUGCCAGGGGGAUGCCACCUGUUCUACCUGGGACACGUUCUCCAGCUCCUCCCUUCUCUCAAAAACACCCUCCCCGACUCCCUCGAGGACUCCUGGCAACCUAAGGCUUUCUCUUCGGAGAAAUGCAGUGGGAGAGGGCUGGGGGUGGGCCCUGCUUUUCUGGGAGACCGAAGCUGGUCCUGCAGUUUCCCAGAAGGAGAAAGAGGAAGAGCUGUUGGCCAAGUUGGCUGAGGUCCCACCCCCCUGCCUGGGAGCUCCUGGAAGAGGAGAAUGAAGAGACCUGGACUUCAGCUGAACUGGCUGAGCUGGCUCAGUCCUUAGCCAGGGGCUCAAUGUCACCGAGUCAAUAAUGCUGGCUGCUUCCUUCCCUUAGAGAGAGAGAGAGAGAGAGAGAGAGAGAGAGAGAGAGAGAGAGAGAGAGAGAGAGAGAGAGAGUGUGUGUAUGUGUGUUGCGCCCUUCAAUGGGCAGAUGUCCUCACACCGAUUUCCAAUCCUGUAUGUAUAGUCCUUGAACCCCCUGUAAUCUCCUUUCUCCCCUAAUCUGGGCCCCUUUCCAUGAGGGUUCACCUUCUGUGCUGCAUUUUUCUCUAGAAGUAAAUGGGUCUCUGAGCCACCCUCUCUAAGGAAGAAGGAAGCCCACCCACUCAUCCCAGCAGUUCAUUGAAACUCAGCAUCUUGGAUCCUCAGGGGAUAGUUAAGGGUGGCCCGGCUUCUUCUUCCAUCUCUUCCCUAAGGAUGGGAGCCCCAGAGUGGGCCAACUGGUUUAGGAUGGGAGGGUUGACACUGGGACAAACUGGUUUGGGAGGUGGGUGAGUUGAGCAGGCCCAAGUAUGGGUGGGUGGUUCAGGUUGUCUCUUCCGUCCCGCCUUUCUCCCAUUUCCCAGUUUGCAAAGUUCUCAGGGCAAACAAAUGGGGAGGGGGACUUCUCAGAAUCCCUGGUCUCCCUCAAGCUCCUCCUCCCCAGAACCUCAAGUGACUCUCCCACCUCAGGGCAACUGAGUUUUGGAGCCUGGUGGGGAGCAGAGUUGGGCAGAGCCCAGGAGAAGAUGAUCUCUGGGAGCUGGACCUAGCUCCACCAAAGGAUUUGGGUGGGUUGGGGAGUAGUGAGUGCAGAUGAAGGGGCAUUUCUCUGUCCCCCCCCCCCAUCCUCCAUGGUUUUGGGCAGUCUUCCUGCCUAGGAUGA